AGAGCCAUCAUGUCUUCCAGUUCAGCGACAACCAGGAUCCUGAUCAAGGGUGGCAAGGUGAGUGUGUUGUGUUGACUGUUGUUGUUGUGGUUGUUGAUGGUGGUGGUGAAGAUCCCAGUGGGAUUUAAACAUUUUCUGGUAUGUGUUCAUCUAAAAUAAAUCACUGGGGAGUAUUACAGAGUUGCGGAUAUUACCUGUUUCAUUAUUCAUUUUUUUCUGUCCAGCACCUGAUUCUGUCCAGCACCUGAUUCUGUCUAGCACCUGAUUCUGUCCAGCACCUGAUUCUGUCUAGCACCUGAUUCUGUCUAGCACCUGAUUCUGUCCAGCACCUGAUUCUGUCUAGCACCUGAUUCUGUCCAGCACCUGAUUCUGUCCAGCACCUGAUUCUGUCUAGCACCUGAUUCUGUCUAGCACCUGAUUCUGUCUAGCACCUGAUUCUGUCUAGCACCUGAUUCUGUCUAGCACCUGAUUCUGUCUAGCACCUGAUUCUGUCUAGCACCUGAUUCUGUCCAGCACCUGAUUCUGUCUAGCACCUGAUUCUGUCCAGCACCUGAUUCUGUCCAGCACCUGAUUCUGUCUAGCACCUGAUUCUGUCCAGCACCUGAUUCUGUCCAGCACCUGAUUAGUGCAUAUUUUUCCCACCAGGUGGUGAACGAUGACCUGACGCAGGAGGCAGACGUCUACAUUGAGAACGGCAUCAUCAUGCAGGUGGGGGAGGGGCUGAUGAUCCCGGGAGGGGCCAAGGUGAUUGACGCUUCUGGGAAACUGGUCCUCCCCGGGGGGAUCGACACCAGUGUGCACCUCCAGCAGACUUUCAUGAAUGCUACCACCGUGGAUGACUACUACAGCGGCACCAAGGUAUGUGCUGUCUGUAUGGCCUUCAGGAGUCCUGUCUGUGAGGUUGAGAGAGAAAAACACUGCUAUAGGCAUUACCCUCAAUAACCCAGCGCUAUAGGCAUUACCCUCAAUAACCCAGCGCUGUAGGCAUUACCCUCAAUAACCCAGUGCUGUAGGUAUUACCCUCAAUACCCAGUGCUGUAGGCAUUACCCUCAGUACCCCAGUGAUGUAGGCAUUACCCUCAAUAAUCCAGUGCUGUAGGUAUUACCCUCAAUAACCCAGUGAUGUAGGCAUUACCCUCAAUAAUCUAGUGCUGUAGGUAUUACCCUCAAUAACCUAGCGCUGUAGGCAUUACCCUCAAUAACCCAGUGUGGUGGACAUUACCCUCAAUAAUCCAGUGAUGUAGGUAUUACCCUCAAUAACCCAGCGCUGUAGACAUUACCCUCAAUAAUCCAGUGAUGUAGGUAUUACCCUCAAUAACCCAGCGCUGUAGGCAUUACCCUCAAUAACCCAGUGUGGUGGACAUUACCCUCAAUAAUCCAGUGAUGUAGGUAUUACCCUCAAUAACCCAGCGCUGUAGGCAUUACCCUCAAUAAUCCAGUGAUGUAGGCAUUACCCUCAAUAAUCCAGUGAUGUAGGCAUUACCCUCAAUAAUCCAGUGAUGUAGGCAUUACCCUCAAUAACCCAGCGCUGUAGGCAUUACCCUCAAUAAUCCAGUGAUGUAGGCAUUGCCCUCAAUAAUCCAGUGAUGUAGGCAUUACCCUCAAUAAUCCAGUGCUGUAGGCAUUACCCUCAAUAACCCAGUGAUGUAGGCAUUACCCUCAAUAAUCCAGUGCUGUAGGUAUUACCCUCAAUAACCCAGUGAUGUAGGCAUUACCCUCAAUAAUCCAGUGCUUGCUCUUUGGGGAUUAAGGCAGAGUUACUUGUUGUUGUAAAAAUGGCUGUAUCAUUCAACUUUGAUUAAUUGAUUUUAGGACUGGCAUUACUCUCUCUCUCUCUCUCUUUCUCUCUCUCUCUGUAUUUUGGUAGAAACCUGCGGCAAAGUUGGACUAGCAAAGCCAAAUACUCAGCUACAACAAUGACAUUCCCAGUGGGAAGAACAGGUUGCAAUAACAUCAUUACUACGAUGCCCUCUGGGAAUUUGGCAAUACAUUAUACUAAUAGGUCAUUGCAAUGAUGAACUGUCAAAUGUAAUGGUAGCAACUAUUGUUAGAGAAGGUAAUAUAUAGGUUUUGUACAGCAACGAGAGUCAAUAUGGUGGUAUGGGAAGACAGAGAUAUAGUUACCAUGCACCAAUUGAUAAUGAUAAUUGACCCAGCCUUGUGGGAAACUAACAACCAUCUGUCAGACAUAUUCCACCUCACUGUAACCCACUGGACCACAAUGUUCCACCAUGGCAACUAAUUAAACGAAUCUUCCCAGUGUGCCUUGCAGCGUGAGAAAAUAACUUCAGAUUUUGUGUGGAGACAGACUCCUGAAUCCUUCCUUCCUGAAUCCCAUGUCGACCCUUGGUCCCUCAUCCCCACAUCCCCACACACUCCUGGAGAUCUGGAUAGAAGGCCAAAAUCCCACUCAACCUCUCAGAAUGCAAAUUGAAGUGAUUACCAUAUUGCCAAUCAACUACCAAUUCUCUUUGAUCUACAGAAGUAGCUAGGGGCUAGGGGUUGAUUAGGGAUUCAGGGAGAGUGUAAGAAAUAAUCAGAUAACUAAUAUUAAACCGGGCGUGGUUAGGACUCAGAGAUGCUGCAUUUAUUUAGACAAAGAUAGUGGAUGCAUAAUUCUGCUGACUGAAGUUAGAUAUGAUACAUUAUUCUCUGUUGUUCUGAGUCCUCUUUAUUUUAUUACAUAACUCACUUCCCCCAUCAAUGAUUUAUAUAGAUGAUGUGGCAGAAAGCUGUGGAAGCUGUAGCAGGGUGUGCUGUCUCCUGAUGCAGUCAGACAGCAGGGCACUGAACAUACCGGAAAUAAUUCCAUUCUAUUCUGUUCUAUUUCAUUCUAUUCUGUUCAGUUCUAUUCAGUUCUAUUCUGUUCUAUCCUGUUCUAUUCUGUUCUCUUCUAUUCUGUUCUGUUCUAUUCAGUUCUAUUCUAUUCCAUUCUAUUCUAUUCAGUUCUAUUCAGUUCUAUUCUGUUCUAUCCUGUUCUAUUCUGUUCUGUUCUAUUCUGUUCUGUUCUAUUCUGUUCUGUUCUAUUCUGUUCUAUUCUAUUCUGUUCUGUUCUGUUCUGUUCUAUUCUGUUCUGUUCUGUUCUGUUCUAUUCUGUUCUGUUCUGUUCUAUUCUGUUCUGUUCUAUUCUAUUCUAUUCAGUUCUAUUCAGUUCUAUUCUGUUCUAUCCUGUUAUAUUCUGUUCUGUUCUAUUCUGUUCUGUUCUGUUCUAUUCUGUUCUGUUCUGUUCUAUUCUGUUCUAUUCUGUUCUAUUCUAUUAUGUUCUGUUCUAUUCUGUUCUGUUCUAUUCUGUUCUGUUCUGUUCUAUUCUGUUCUGUUCUGUUCUAUUCUGUUCUAUUUUAUUCUAUUCUAGCAGGGCACUGAACAGACGGAAGAGAGAAGAUGGUGAGAGAGAGAGAGAGAGGGGAGAGGGAGAGAGAGAGAGAGAGAGAGAGAGAGAGAGAGAGAGAGAGAGAGAGAGAGAAAGACAGAUAGAAAGACAGAGAGAGAGAAAGAGAGAGAGAGAAAGAGAGAGAGAAAGAUCAUUAUAAUAUUCUUAUUUUAUUACUAUUUUAUCACUAUUUUAUAUUAUUAUUAUUCAAUAUUGUUUUCUUACAAUGUAUAUUGUAUACAUUGUUGCUAUGGCAAUAUUGACUCAAUGUUUUUCAUGUCAAUAAAACAGCUUAAAUUUGAAUUUGAGAGAGACAAAGAGAGACAAAGAGAGAAGGAGAUGGAGAAAGAGACAGACAGAUGAGGGAAAGAGAGAGAGACAGAGAUACAGAGAGGGAGAGAGAGAGAGAGGUGGUGGUGGGGGUGGGGCUGGGGCUGGGGCAGCGAGCGGACUGAGACUGGGGCUAUCCCAGAUCACUUCAGGGCAUGGAUGACUCAUCCAUCAUCAUGCUCUACCACCCAGAGAUAACACACAGCGUAUGAGAGCAUUGCUGUGUUUUAGACAUUGACCACAAGCUAGCCAAGGAUAUGUUAUCUUUCUGCUAAUCUGGGGUUGGCAGACCCUGGUGAUACAGGCAACAUUCUCUGCCCUCCACUCCUCCUCCCCUCCCUCCCCUCUUCCCUCCACCCUCUCCCCCCCCCCCCCCACACACACACUAUAGCUGCUGCCAUGCUGCCUGGCUAAAGUACCAAGACAAAUGCAGAUCGGUUUCUGUUUCCAUGGCUACCGUGGGGCUGCUGCAAAGACUGCUGCAAAAAGCCAUUUUGCUUGAAGACAAUAGUUCUCAAACACACUACACUAGACACGCUUAUAACCCAUACCAGACACUCCUCCACUCUCUCUAGGGUCAGCUGACUCAAAUAUGCUAUUUGGAGGAUGCACUUAGCUACACACAGUAACAGACUAAGUUGGUGUUUUAAAGGAUGUAAUAUAGGAGGUAUUUUGUUGUUUUACAUCAGUAUCAACCUGGUUUUAUAAGGAUUUAGAACAUGUAAUGGAGCAGUAGUGAAGCUUUCAUACAUCGGAAUCUAUGAAUAUAGAAAUGUAUCCUAUAGAAUAAUAUUUGAAAUGUUUGACUAUUAUGAUGGCCAUACAAUGCAUUGUUCAUUUCUACAUUUUGGAUCUAGUAUGUCUGCCUCUGCUUGGAUAGCUGAUUGAUGUCCUUGUUGUAAUAAACAAUGAGAGGACUGACAGCUGCUUGAUAUACAUUAGCUAGCUCACUGACCAUCAUUAUGACUGUAAUACCUGGGUUGGGUUACCUCCCUGUCCCCUUCCCUGGUUCUAAUCUAGUUACUGAUAGAUGUAUGGGUUUUCCAUGUGUGCGUUCCAAAUGGCACCCUAGUUCCUAUAUAGAGCCCUGCUUUUGACCAGGGUCCAUAGGUGGUCCGUAGUACACGGAAUAGGGUGCCAUUUGCAGUCUAUAACAUCCACCCAGCAAAUAAACAUUAAGACCAACAUUAAGACCAACGUUAAGACCAACGUUAAGACCAACGUUAAGACCAACGUUAAGACCAACGUUAAGACCAACAUUAAGACCAACAUUAAGACCAAUAUUAAGGCCAACGUUAAGACCAACGUUAAGACCAACGUUUAGGCCAACGUUAAGACCAACAUUAAGACCAACAUUAAGACCAACAUUACUAACUAACUAGAUGUGAGGCUACGAGGCCUAGAGGUAAUGUGUGUGUCCUCUACUACAACCUAUGCUGCCCAGCAUCUUAUAGGUGACAACGUUUCCACUACUUAGGUCCCAUUCUUUUUUAUGAAGACCUGCUAUAAAUACAUUGAAUGUGCAUAUGUCAUCUUUUUCUAUUCUGUCUACAGGCUGCGCUGGCUGGAGGGACCACCAUGGUUAUAGGACAUGUGUUACCGGAGAAGAACCAAUCUCUGCUGGAAGCCUACGAGAAGACCCGCUCCCAGGCUGACAGUAAAGCCUGCUGCGAUUACGCACUGCAUAUGGGGGUCACCUGGUGGGGGCCCAAGGUAACUGUCACACUCCUUUGAUAACUGGUGUUUGAUGGUAUUAUACCCUUUUCCAUUUUACUGAGCUAAGAUGAACCAAACAGAGCCGAUCUCUACUGCACUGGCCUGAUUACACAUCCAUAUUAGUUGCUGGAUCUGUGCUGGAAAAGACAUUGUGAAAGAAAGAUAUCCAAGCCAGCAUAGUACAAUUCAGAUAGGCACGAUAAUAUGAAAAGGUAUGACUCCUGACUGUGUUCAUCUUGUACAGGUGAACUCUAAACUCUACCCUCUGACCUGUAGGUGCGAGCUGAGAUGGAGAGCCUGGUGAGAGAUAAAGGCAUCAACUCUAACCUCUACCCUCUACCCUCUGACCUGUAGGUGCGAGCUGAGAUGGAGAGCCUGGUGAGAGAUAAAGGCAUCAACUCUAACCUCUAACCUCUGACCUGUAGGUGCGAGCUGAGAUGGAGAGCCUGGUGAGAGAUAAAGGCAUCAACUCGUUCCAAAUGUUCAUGGCCUAUAAGGACCUGUUCAUGCUGAGGGACUCCGAGCUCUUCCAGGCCCUACAGAACUGUAAGGACAUCGGGGCUGUGGCCCGUGUAUUCGCUGAGAACGGAGAGCUGGUGGCCGAGGUGGGUCAGAGACUCUGGUUCAAUAUGUAGUUCUAUAUCCCUGAAUUUUCUUCCAUUGUUUCUUUGAUCAGAAAUACAUUCUCGGUAAUGAUUCAGAUUUAGAUUUAAAAAACAUGUAUGUUCUCAAUGAGGCAAGUCAUUUGCAGCAACCACAAUACAUACAAACUAAAUCACAUUUUUACUAAUUACUAGAAUGGACAUUCAACAUUACGUGAUGGAUGGACCGGCGGAACAUAUUUAGUGUACAUUCUAUUUCUAUGGGUGAUGCACCACAUACACCAGGAUUCAUGACAUCCUCCUGUGUGUUUUCUAGGGUGCCAAGGAGGCAUUGGACCUGGGCAUCAGCGGCCCUGAGGGCAUCGAGAUCAGCAGACCAGAGGAGGUAAGACCAAUGAAAUUCAAUCAAUCAAAUGUAUUUUAUAAAGUCCUUUUUACAUCAGCAGUUGUCACAAAGUGCUUUCCAGAUACCCAGCCUAAAACCCCAAAGUGACUCUUGUAGCCUGUACUCAUAUCCGACCACAUACUCCCUUAUCUUUCUUUCAUUACUUCAUAGACAUCGAUGGAAUACGUUUCUAUUAGACCUGCACCAUCAAAAUAUUGUAAUGACCCUAGCGUUAUGGAUAUCAGCCCUUCAUAAUAUGGUAAUGACCCUAGCGUUAUGGAUAUCAGCCCUUCAUAAUAUUGUAAUGACCCUAGCGUUAUGGAUAUCAGCCCUUCAUAAUAUUGUAAUGACCCUAGCAUUAUGGAUAUCAGCCCUUCAUAAUAUUGUAAUGACCCUAGCGUUAUGGAUAUCAGCCCUUCAUAAUAUUGUAAUGACCCUAGCGUUAUGGAUAUCAGCCCUUCAUAAUAUUGUAAUGACCCUAGCGUUAUGGAUAUCAGCCCUUCAUAAUAUUGUAAUGACCCUAGCGUUAUGAUAUCAGCCCUUCAUAAUAUUGUAAUGACCCUAGCGUUAUGGAUAUCAGCCCUUCAUAAUAUUGUAAUGACCCUAGCGUUAUGAUAUCAGCCCUUCAUAAUAUUGUAAUGACCCUAGCGUUAUGGAUAUCAGCCCUUCAUAAUAUUGUAAUGACCCUAGCGUUAUGGAUAUCAGCCCUUCAUAAUAUUGUAAUGACCCUAGCGUUAUGGAUAUCAGCCCUUCAUAAUAUUGUAAUGACCCUAGCGUUAUGGAUAUCAGCCCUUCACAAUAUUGUAAUGACCCUAGCGUUAUGGAUAUCAGCCCUUCAUAAUAUUGUAAUGACCCUAGCGUUAUGAUAUCAGCCCUUCAUAAUAUUGUAAUGACCCUAGCGUUAUGGAUAUCAGCCCUUCAUAAUAUUGUAAUGACCCUAGCGUUAUGGAUAUCUUCCCUUCAUAUUUUAAUGACUUUUUGAGCAGCGUCUUAUGCUACUCACCACAAUAUUCUGUUGUUUCUUCUGUCUCACAGCUGGAGGCAGAGGCCACCCAUCGGGCGAUCACCAUCGCCAAUAGGGUGAGUGUGUGUUCUGUGUCAAGUUGUUGCAUUUUCUUUAUCGUCAAGUACAUCAGCACAGUGGUACACCACAUGACCAAAAGUAUGUGAACACUUGCUUGUCGAACAUCUCAUUCCAAAAUCAUGGGCAUUAAUAUGGAGUUGGUCCCCUCUUUGCUGCUAUAACAGCCUCCACUCUUCUGGGAAGGCUUUCCACUAAAUGUUAGAACAUUGCUGCGGGGACUUGCUUCCAUUCAGCCACAAGAGCAUUAGUGAGGUCGGGCACUGAUGUUGGGCAAUUAGGCUUGGCUCACAGUCGGCGUUCCAAUUCAUCCCAAAGGUGUUUGAUGGAGUUGAGGUCAGGUCUCUGUUCAGGCCAGUCAAGUUCUCCCACACUGAUCUCGACAAACCAUUUCUGUAUGGACCUCGCUUUGUGCACGGGGGCAUUGUCAUGCUGAAACAGGAAAGGGCCUUCCCCAAACUGUUGCCACAAAGUUGGACGCACAGAAUCGUCUAGAAUGUCAUUGUAUGCUGUAGCGUUAAGAUUUCCCUUCACAAGAACUAAGGGGCUUAGCCCGAACCAUGAAAAACAGCCCCAGACCAUUAUUCCUCCUCCACCAAACUUUACAGUUGGCACUAUGAAUUCGGGCAGGAAACGUUCUCCUGGCAUCCGCCAAACCCAGAUCCGUCCGUCGGACUGCCAGAUCACACCAGAGAAUGCAUUUCCACUGCUCCAGAGUCCAAUGGCAGCUGGCAUUACACCACUCCAGCUGACGCUUGUCAUUGUGCAUGGUGAUCUUAGGCUUAGGCUGCUCGGCCAUGGAAACCCAUUUCAUAAAGCUCCCGACAGUUCUUGUGCUGACAUUGCUUCUAGAGGCAGUUUGGAACUCAGUAGUGAGUGUUGCAACCGAGGACAGACGGUUUUUACGCGUUUCAGCACUCGGCGGUUCCGUUCUGUGAGUUUGUGUGGCCUACCACUUCACGGCUGAGAAUUGUUGCUCCUAGACGUUUCCACUUCACAAUAACAGCACUUACAGUUGACCCAGGCAGCUCUAGCAGGGCAGACAUUUUACGAACUGACUUGUUGGAAAGGUGGCAUCCUAUGACGGUGCCACGUUGAAAGUCACUGAGCUCUUCAGUAAGGCCAUUCUACUUCCAAUGUUUGUCUAUGGAGAUUGCAUGGCUGUGUGCUCGAUUUUAUACACCUGUCAGCAACGGGUGUGGCUGAAAUAGCCAAAUCCACUAUUUUUAAGGGGUGUCCACAUACUUUUGUAUAUAUAGUGUAACUGAUCAGGAAAUACCCUGCCAUAUCUGGAAAAAGUCCUGCAUUUGGCAAGGGCAAUGGUUUAUCUGGUGAAAGCAAAUGAAACUCUUUCUAAGAUAUAUUGUCUCUCUCUCUGUCAUUCUCCCUCAGGCCCACUGCCCGAUCUACCUUGUCAACGUGUCCAGCAUGUCAGCAGGAAAUGUGCUCGCCACAGCCAAGAUGCAGGGUAAGGCCAAGGCAUAUCCUGUCCUGUUCUGUCCUGUCCUGUUCUGUUCUGUUCUGUCCUAUCCUUAUCCUAGCUUGUCCUGUUCUGUCCUACCCUGUCCUGUCCUUUCCACUCCUAUCCUAUUAUUUUCUGUCCUGUCAGAUCAGAGAUUACUUUUCAUGUGGUUUGUUACCCACUGCUGGCUUGGUCUGGGCUGAUCUUCACUACAAAUGUGUUUUGGAACCCCAUCCCUGUCUGUCUGUCUGUCUGUCUUGUACAGUAACUGGGUUCAUACAGAUCCAUAGAUAGUUAUGUGUAGUGUGUACACACUUAAUGAUCUGUCUGUAGGUAAAGUAGUCCAUGGGGAGACCACCACGGCACAUGCGGUGCUGAACGGCCUGCAGUACUACCACCAGGACUGGGCCCAUGCUGCAGCCUACGUCACAGUGCCUCCUCUACGCCUGGACCCAAACACACCCAACUACCUGAUGAGUCUACUGGGGAAGUAAGAGCACACACACACACACACACACACACACACACACACACACAACUACCUGAUGAGUCUACUGGGGAAGUAAGAGCACACACACACACACACACACACACACACACACACACACACGCACACACGCACACACACACACAACUACCUGAUGAGUCUACUGGGGAAGUAAGAGCACACACACACACACACACACACACACACACACACACACACACACACACACACACACAACUACCUGAUGAGUCUACUGGGGAAGUAAGAGCACACACACACACACACACACACACACACACACACACACACACACAACUACCUGAUGAGUCUACUGGGGAAGUAAGAGCACACACACACACACACACACACACACACACACACCCAACUACCUGAUGAGUCUACUGGGGAAGUAAGAGGGGCACAUUGCCUUUGUAAUCUGCUAAAGGUGUUUAAUGUUUGAGCCGACAGCCGCAACUGUGAUGUCCCGGAAUGUCGGGGAAUUGUCAUUAGAAUUAUAUCGUAAAUCUACGUUGGAUUGAAUCCAGGCACCAGUCUGUUGGCAUUCAAUGAUAUAAUCCAGGCACCAGUCUGUUGGCAUUCAAUGAUAUAAUCCAGGCACCAGUCUGAUGGCGUUCAAUGAUAAAAUCCAGGCACCAGUCUGUUGGCGUUCAAUGAUAUAAUCCAGGCACCAGUCUGAUGGCGUUCAAUGAUAUAAUCCAGGCACCAGUCUGUUGGCGUUCAAUGAUAUAAUCCAGGCACCAGUCUGUUGGCGUUCAAUGAUAUAAUCCAGGCACCAGUCUGUUGGCGUUCAAUGAUAUAAUCCAGGCACCAGUCUGUUGGCAUUCAAUGAUAUAAUCCAGGCACCAGUCUGUUGGCGUUCAAUGAUAUAAUCCAGGCACCAGUCUGAUGGCGUUCAAUGAUAUAAUCCAGGCACCAGUCUGAUGGCAUUCAAUGAUAUUAUUACGUUUCAUCUAAAUUUCCCCCCUGACCCGUCCUCUCCUCCUUCUCUCUGGUCUUUAACAGUGACACUCUGAACAUUGUGUUAUCAAAUCAAAGUGAAUGAAAUGAUGGUGUGUGUGUGUUUCCCCUGACCUAUCCUCUCCUCCCUCUCUCUUGCCUACUACAGUGACACUCUGAACGUAGUGGUGUCUGACCACCGUCCCUUCACCACUAAACAGAAGGCUAUGGGCAAGGAUGACUUCACAAAGAUCCCCCACGGAGUCCCCGGCAUCCAGGACCGCAUGAGCGUCAUCUGGGAGAGAGGAGUGGUAGGCAAAGAUAUAAAUAUUAUUAUAGUAUCUCUGUCUAGGCUAAGAUAGAAAUAGUAUUAUAGUAUCUCUGUCUAGGCAAAGCUCUGUGCUCUACGACCAGAUGGCUAAAAAAAAGACAAACAUGUAUCUCUAUGUAUGAAGGCAAAGCUCUACGGCUGGAUAGAAAACAGAAAACAUCUGCUGUUGUUAUUGCUGUAACUAACUUACUAUGGUGCAGACAGAAAUGUAUCUGUUGCAAUAUUUGUUGUGCAUGGUCCCUGACUAAUACAUAUGCUGUUUGAUUCUAGUGGUAAACAUCUUGAUAACAUAAUUUCUCCCUCCCUCCCUCUCCCUCUCCUCCUCCCUCCCUCCCGCUCCCUCUCCCCCUCCCUCCCUCUUCCUCUACCUCUGACAUGGAACAUUUUGAUCCCCUGCUAAUCUAGGUCGGAGGCAAGAUGGACGAGAACCGUUUUGUUGCGGUGACCAGCUCCAACGCAGCUAAGAUCUACAACCUUUACCCCAGGAAGGGUAGGAUCAUCCCAGGGGCUGACGCUGACGUGGUGGUCUGGGACCCAGAAGGGACCAGGUAUGUAAAGCUAUUCACUAUACACACUAUACACUCACUCCCUCCCUCCUCACUACUACCGCUACAUCAACCCUUUACCCCCUGGGGGAUGUUAAGAUUUAACCCUCUGGGGGAUGUUAAGGUUUAACCCUCUGGGGGAUGUUAAGGUUUAACCCCCUGGGGGAUGUUAAUGUUUAACCCCCUUGUGGAUGUCAAGGUUUAACCCUCUGGGGGAUGUUAAGAUUUAACCCCCUGGGGGAUGUUAAUGUUUAACCCCCUUGUGGAUGUCAAGGUUUAACCCUCUGGGGGAUGUUAAGGUUUUCCUUUGAUAGUGCAAUAAUAAUAUACCUCUUUCCAGAUGCUUUUAUCCAAAAUCACUCAGGCCAGGAUUCAAUGCAAGGCGCAACAUGAAUGUGAUGAAUGUGCACUAUAACAGACAUUUAAAGAUAAUUUACAUGUGUCCCAACAUGAAUGUGAUCCCUGUGAAUGUCGGGGAAAAAGCCUUUAAAAGGCACAUUGUCGGCUGUCGAGUGCGUUGGGCUACAACGCGCCUUGCAUUGAAUUCGGCCUUACGGUAACAGUGAGUGAAUAAAUGUUCUGCCCAUGAUCCAUGCAAGAAUUGAACCUACCAUGCUGGUGUUACUAGCGUUCUUCCCAGCUGAGCCACACCAAUAACAGUAGCAGGUGUGAAGAAGCCAUGUUUCUCUGUGCCCAGGACCAUCUCUGUGGACAACCAGGUGCAGGGUGGAGACUACAACCUGUACGAGAGUCUCCGUUGCCAUGGUGUCCCCCUGGUUACCAUCAGCCGUGGCCAUUUGGUCUAUGAGAAUGGAGUGUUCACGUGUUCUGAGGGCUCUGGGAAGUUUUAUCCUCUCAGGACCUUCCCAGACUACCUCUAUAAGAAGAUGGUUCAGCGGGAGAAGGUACUGUACAAAGCCAUCAACAGGAUGUGGAUUUUAAAAUGUUAAUUUACUCAGCAAUUUUGCAGCAGACAAACAGUGAUCUUUAAAUGGCAUAAACUCUCCAUACCUGCUUCAGAUUGUCUUUAUUGUCAUCAAGUGUUAUGUGUUUUACUGUCUAUAACCAGAGACUAAUUAUUGUGUGUGUCUGCGUGCAUCCGUGCCUGUGUGUUUUUGCCUGUGUGUCUGUGUGUGCCUCUCUCUGACUCUCCUCAGUGUCAGGCCCUCAAGGCUGUGGAGCGUGAGCCGUACGAAGGAGACGUAGCAGUGAUGCAUUCUGGGAAGAAGGACUGUGGACCGUGUGACGGGGACACUCCAACACGACCACACACCAAGCAUGGAGGACAGAGAGACCUGCAUGAGUCCAGCUUCAGCCUCUCUGGUAUCACACACAAUGCAUCGCUUUGCAAAUUGGGAUUUUAUCAUUUGCUUCCCUGCCUCUAAGGCCUAGAGAACUUUAUUAAUGCAGUGUCUAUUCUAUCUAAUUAACAAUUAGCUCAUUUUUGCUAACCUGACAGAUUGUAAUUUCUCUUUUUGUCUAUCAAUCUCUCCAGGUGCCCAGAUCGAUGAUAAAAUCCCAAAGAGAUCUUCUGCGAGAAUUCUGGCCCCCCCAGGUGGUCGAUCCAGUGGCAUCUGGUAACUGUGUGGAAGAUUAGCGAGUUCUAGAACCAAACAGCUACCAUAGUUCUCAAUUACAAUGAAGAAUGGAACCUGAAGAGAAGUUCAGGGCCAACCAAGACAACUGCUUGUUACGAUCACCCAGAAAGCAUAGAAAGAAAAAUAUUACUCACAUUUUAUUUGAAAAACGAACGCACGUAUUUAGUGUACAGGUAAAAGUCAGUAAAUUAGAAUAUUUUGAAAAACUUGAUUUAUUUCAGUAAUUGCAUUCAAAAGGUGUAACUUGUACAUUAUAUUUAUUCAUUGCACACAGACUGAUGCAUUCAAAUGUUUAUUUCAUUUAAUUUUGAUGAUUUGAAGUGGCAACAAAUGAAAAUCCAAAAUUCCGUGUGUCACAAAAUUAGAAUAUUGUGUAAGGGUUACAUUUUGAAGACACCUGGUGCCACAAAAUAAUCAGCUGAUUAACUCAAAACACCUGCAAAGGGCUUUAAAUGGUCUCUCAGUCCAGUUCUGAAGCCUACACAAACAUGGGGAAGACUUCAGAUUUGACAGCUGUCCAAAAGGCGACCAUCGACACAUUGCACAAGGAGGGAAAGACACAAAAGGUUAUUGCAGAAGAGGCAGGCUGUUCUCAGAGCUCUGUGUCCAAACACAUUAAUAGAGAGGCAAAGGGAAGGAAAAACUGUGGUCAGAAAAAGUGUACAAGCGAUAGGGAUCACCGCGCCCUAGUCAAGAUUGUGAAAAAAAAACCAUUCAAAAAUGUGGGGGAGAUUCACAAGGAGUGGACAGCUGCUGGAGUCAGGGCUUCAAGAUCCACCACCAAGAGACGCUUGAAAGACAUGGGUUUCAACUGCCGCAUACCUCGUGUCAAGCCACUGUUGACCAAGAAACAGCGCGAAAAGCGUCUCACCUGGGCUAAGGAAAAAAAGAGCUGGACUGCUGCUGAGUGGUCUAAAGUCAUGUUUUCUGACGAAAGCAAAUUUUGCAUUUCCUUUGGAAAUCGAGGUCCCAGAGUCUGGAGGAAGACAGGAGAGGCACAGGAUCCACGUUGCCUGAAGUCUAGUGUAAAGUUUCCACCAUCAGUGAUGGUUUGGGGUGCCAUGUCAUCUGCUGGUGUCGGUCCACUCUGUUUCCUGAGAUCAAGGGUCAACGCAGCCGUCUACCAGCAAGUUUUAGAGCACUUCAUGCUUCCUGCUGCUGACCUGCUCUAUGGAGAUGGAGAUUUCAGGUUCCAACAGGACUUGGCGCCUGCACACAGCGCAAAAUCUACCCGUGCCUGGUUUACGGACCAUGGUAUUUCUGUUCUAAAUUGGCCAGCCAACUCCCCUGACCUUAGCCCCAUAGAAAAUCUGUGGGGUAUUGUGAAAAGGAAGAUGCAGAAUGCCAGACCCAACAACGCAGAAGAGUUGAAGGCCACUAUCAGAGCAACCUGGGCUCUCAUAACACCUGAGCAGUGCCAGAAACUCAUCGACUCCAUGCCACGCCGCAUUAAUGCAGUAAUUGAGGCAAAAGGAGCUCCAACCAAGUAUUGAGUAUUGUACAUGCUCAUAUUUUUCAUUUUCAUACUUUUCAGUUGGCCAACAUUUCUAAAAAAUCCCUUUUUUGUAUUAGCCUUAAGUAAUAUUCUAAUUUUGUGACACACGGAAUUUUGGAUUUUCAUUUGUUGCCACUUCAAAUCAUCAAAAUUAAAUGAAAUAAACAUUUGAAUGCAUCAGUCUGUGUGCAAUGAAUAAAUAUAAUGUACAAGUUACACCUUUUGAAUGCAAUUACUGAAAUAAAUCAAGUUUUUCAAAAUAUUCUAAUUUACUGACUUUUACCUGUAUAUAUGAUGACAGGGUCUGAAUAACAUUUAUAUGACAUUGAUGUCUUUUUAAUAUUGGAAUAUCUGCCUGUAUGGUCGAAACCUGAACCAUAUUGGGCUUAACUUAAAAAGUUAAACAUUUUUGUUUUUAAAAUUAGACAAAUCUAAACUAAAUUUGCACAGCAGCUAACAUAAGUUGCUAGAUGACAGUUUUGGAUAAAUGGAUGUAUGUUAGAGAAAGUACUGUAUGUCAUUAUACACUAAUGCUUUUUUGGGGGGGGGGGGGGGGGGUGAGUUGAUAAUUGUUUAACCUACAAUGCUGCACUUGUAUCAUGUACUACUUAGCUGCCUUUUCCUUACAUUAUUUGAUGUGUAACAAAACAACUUUUUCUACCAAUACAGAAUCUUCAUGAAUAAAUGUGAUUAGUUAUUUACUACACAAUAUCUCAAAGCACUUGGCAUGAAAUAACGUGGAUAUCUAAUAAUGUUCAUAUCUCAUAACAUGGAUAUCUCAUCAUUUUGUGUGAAACACCUAUUUUCUGUUCGGUCUGUUGACUAAAACGCAAAUGCAAGCUGAUACUUUGAAAUGUUUUUUUUUUUGUGUGUGUGUUAUUGGAAAAUAUGUUAUUCCCCUUUAGGACACUGUAAAAUGAUGAGUCGUGAAAAACUGAGGAUGACAUAGGUCAUUAAAAUACGUAGGCUAAGUAAGGGCAGAGUUUUUAUAGCUUCUAUGUUUCUGUUUACAGUUUAAUAUAGUAGCAUUCUCCUUCUUCCUGGUCAUCUCAUCUCCCAUCAAUAUGAAUGAACCUACGCUGUGUUUACUGUAUGUAUGUUGUGGCAUAGAACACUGGUGACUCAAAUUUAGCAGCGUUCUUUGUGUAAUAUAAGUGGUGAUACCCCUUUCCUUUUCUCUGUCUGUUAGCGACAAGCUAGCUAGCUCCUCUCUGAAAUGCCUUUUUCUCACCAGAGAAGUCUCUCAUUAUCCACAUAUUACAGUUAAUGUAUAGAGAUAAUAGUACCUUAACAUGUGUAUCAUUGUGAUUCCUCUUAUGAUGUUCAAGCUAACUACUGAGCACAUAACACUUAGCACAUAACACGGAGGAAUUCUGGUCUUGACUUGCACUGAAACCUAUUUGACAGUUUUGUGUAUCUUUUCGGUUGACGUUUCCAAGGUUGGAACACUGUCAAUUGGGCAAGAGUAGUUAGUGCAUGAUCUAUAAUUCGAUUGAAUCUUGGGUAUUAUAAGGGCAAUUUAAAUAUACAAAAUGUUCUCCAGGGUUUUUUGAUGUUUUUAUGUCAUAAUGUCAGUCAAUGCAUUAUAUCACUGGAUGGCAUGCUUAUUCAAUAGUGUGUCUAUGAAAACCACUGAUGUCUUUCUGUUUUAAAUUGUCUUUACACUCUUCCAUUAUAAGCUACUGAGAACAUAUGAGUUUUAUUUUAUAAGAAUAUACUUUUUUAUUGUUUUUCCGUAGCCUAUUUCAAACCCCACUGUACGAUAUAAGACUGCAGAUGAGGUCCAUACUGGUGCUGAACAUCCUUCGGUGUUUUUCACUGAGGUUUGUCUUUGUUUUAUCCUAUAUGUUCUUGCAGCUCUUUAGCACAAGUCUGAGUGCAAAUAAAACCACACUGAAAUGUCAA